GUUCAACCUGUAGUUGAUAGAUACAUAUUUGCGCGUAAAUAAAUCAUUUGUGCGAAAAUUGUCAACUAAGUUAAUUGAGUCUGAAAUUUAAAACAAAGGCGAUGCAAACCGAAUCGCAGGAAAAAGCUUCCAUUGAUGAUCAGCUAAUGGUUCGGGAUGGACAACUAAAUGGUCAGAGCAGAAAGCAUAACAACAAUCAUCAUGUGGUACCCUUAGGCAUUCUAAUAGCACUUUCUACAAUCUAUCUUAUGAUUGCGGGACUACAGAUCAACUAUAAUUACUACUUUAAGUCGGGAGUUGAAGCUGUAAAGAUCUCGAAAUUAAUUGAUGACUCUCGUCAGGAAAAUGUUUUUCUACAUUUUGACAAAAACAAUUUUGAGCAGCCUUUAUGCAUGAUUAUUGACGUAUUUACAAUGAAAGUAACUAAUGAGUCGGUUUCUGAGCCGCCAAAUAAAAGGCAAAAGAUAAUGAAGUCAACUAAAAGAUUUGAAUAUGGACCAACAGGAAUCGGAGGUAAGCAAUCAAAAACGCUUAGAGCUGCAGAGGGCAACAGGAAGAAGGACGUCUCCAAAAAGCCAAACACUGCAGAACCCAUUAUAUAUUUAUUUGCACUGGUGUUUAUUUACCUAUUGUUAAAAGCCGCAUCGGACAUUAAUCAACAUUAUAAAUCGCAGAAUAAAGGGGAUAAGAGAUUGCGCCGUUGUUCCCUGCAAUCCUACGCACAGAAGGAUCAAAGGAAUCAUCAGGAUCGGCGGGCAUCUAAAGUUGCUCCGAUGCUAAGUAGACACAUCACAUUUACAGAAGCCCGGUCCGUAUCUCUGGAUCGAUAUAGGUAUAAUAAUGCUGGUGCAUUGCACAAAAUGCGAAAGCAGAUUACAAUUGGUGAUCAUUCGAGGAGUUAUCAAGGCGCAGGCAACCUGAAUUUGGGUAAUCCGAUUAUCUCCUCUCCAGAGCCCCGUUCAAGUCGUCGUUUAUCGGUUCCGAUAAGCAUUAACUAUCAGACCGUAAACGUGUCUCCGAUUGUACAUCCAGAACUUGCCAGACGCGGCUCAGUUAUAAGCUUGGGCAGCUCAGCAGAUUUGAAUAUCGUUACGGGCACAAAUACAUUGCCAUUGACGGCCAUCGCACCCGACACAAAGCGUCGGGUUCGCAUGAUUAAUCGCCACUAAAGCGGGAUCAGGAAUCGCUCUCCAGAGAUGUGAGAUAUCAAAUCGAAACUAUAACGAAUUUAAGACUCAGCUCGAAUGCCAAAACAACGUUUAAAAUACUCGUAUUUACUUAAUGUUUUUGUC